AUGAGUGAUAAGGUAACUGUUGGCGUGAGGUCAAGAAUGGAGGAACUACAAGCCCGUCAUAGAAAGGAGCAACGAGACCUUCAAGCACGGAUUACACAGAAGAAAAAGUCAGCGACGAAGAAAACGCGCAAAGGCGUAAAUGACGAAUGUGAAAGCUUGCAGAGACAACUCCUAGAUAAGCAGCAGGCGGAGAUAUCUCGACUGAAUGGCCAGAUAGAUGCUGGAGAUGGUGAUACAAUCAAUCAAAUAAAUGGCCUAAAUAUCGAGGAUAAUGGUCAAGAUGAAGAGAAAGGGGAAAUAUAUGUUAACGAGAAACCAAUUUGCCCUGUCCCUCACAAUAACACUAGCACCCCCGUUGCUAGCGUAGCAGAAAGAGGACCCGGCCCGAAGCGUGGCAACCGCCAGAAAGCACGCUUGGCUAGGCGUGCUGCUGAGCGUGAGGCAGAGAUUAAUAACGCUGCGAACGAAGCCGCUAACCAGACUGACUACCGUGCUAACGAGCGCAUGGCUAUGGAUGACGCUUUUGCUCGUCUCAAACUAAAAGAAAAGGACAUUGCGCCAGAUGGGCAUUGUUUAUAUUCUGCUGUGGCGUGGCAAUUGACAGAAAAUGAUAUAUCCCUGAGGCCAGAGCAACCAGAAGCUAUGUCGAUUGAUUCGGUACCACCUAGUGGACACAAAAUUGUUCGAGCUACAACGGCCGAUUUUAUACUCUCUAAUGUGGAUGACUUUGCCCCAUUCUUGGAAGAGCCGAUAGAGGAGUAUGCUCAAAAAAUAAAAUCAACAGCGGAGUGGGGAGGUCAGCUAGAAUUACAGGCUAUUGCACGUGCAUACAAAGUGCGGAUAAACGUCGUUCAAGGAGAUGGGCGUAUUGAAAAAUUUCAACCAGACGGUGAAGGGGAUGAAAGUCGAUACAAAGACAUAUGGCUAGCUUACUAUCGACAUACGUAUGGGCUUGGAGAACAUUACAAUGCCCUGUACCAUGUCUCUUGA